AUUUUUCCUGCCCUCCCCCCCUGCAACUGUCGGCGUGCGAUGCCCUAGCUGGUAUCACUGAUCUGUGCCGCUCCAGAUGGGAUGGCGAUGAGGUUGACCAGGGUGUAGCAGGCCCUGCCAAUAGACUCGCUCCGCGAUGAUUGAUGAAAUUGUUGGAGAGCGAUAUUUCUCCAAAAGAAACGAAUGAUGAUGCAACCUUUCUCACCUCGAGGUUGAGCUCUUGUUUUUUUUUGGGAGGGGUGGGGGGUGGGUGGAGGGUUUGUGAAGUUCGACAGUGUCCCUCUGAAAGAUCAAGUGCUGCGAUUGCGAUUGCACUUUCCGAGUGGCAGGUGCGGGGGGAAGACGAGUGCAUCUUCUACAAUUGUCCGCCCAAACGACACCUGAGGCGCAGUGUCCGGCUUAAAAGCGCUUGCUCAUUGAUUGGGCAACGUGGAUGCAGCCCAAUGUCCAUGUCCCAGCAAUAUCGUUUGAUAUGUCAGUUAAAGAGUCUUCCCUCAAAUUGUCAAAAAAAUUAUUGUGAUUCUUUUGACGGCAAAGCGGAGCGUCCUAAGCUAAAGGCUCGAUUUGGACAGAUAGCCACUUCGCUUCUGCGCUGGAUUGGAGCUUGGCUCCAGACCACAUCAAGGACUCCCUUGAUAUCAGCUUCAACAUGGCCUAGAUCGAUCACAAUCACAACAAUUAUGAAGACAAAUCCUACCCAUGAUGACUUUCUAUCCUCAUCUUUCUCUAACAAGCGAAAUGCAGAAUUGCUAACAGUUCCAGUGGUUCUUUAUGGGAAAUUGCAUAGGGAUUUAGUUUUGUGAGAUCAGAACUGAUGUUAGACAUAUCGCAAAACCGCGUGCAAUGAAAAUUGAUCAUAAGCUACACCUUUGUUUUCCUAACUUAGACUGGCUUCUAAUCACCGAUUUAAAUGUACGGCGUGAUCCUUCUAAUGAGGCACACGGCCACGGGUCCUUAAGUUACUCAAGUUGCUUUAGGUGGUAUUGCAGACGGUAAUUGCUUUCGCGAGCUACGCCGCCUAGGGACAUAAACAUGAACGUGGUUUAAUUCAGCCCAGAGCAAGUAGAUUUGAGAUGAG